CCGCGGCUCUGAUUGGCUGCCGCUCAGGGUCAGGCAGAGUUGAACUGAGCAUGCUCGCUGGUGGCUGGAAGAAAGGACGGGAAACUGUCAUCUUUGGGUCAAGGAUACUUUUCAACGUCUCGCUUCGCUGUAACCACCAACAUAAGCUUUUUAUUAAAAGCACGGUUCUGUAUCUAAAUGAAAAUUUUAGUUAAAUUCCAAAGCUUCGUUUUUCUUUUAAUCGACGCGCGUUUCCUUGUUUUGGCUAAUUUAGCAUGCUAGCUUCCCCCGCCGUUCACGGUCGUGCAGAACUAACCAACCACAUUGAAGUGCGCGUGUUGAUCCGCAGGAGCUUGCCUUUCAGAAAUAUUAACAUAACAAAGAAGUCUGAAUGAAAUUGUCGGCUAGCCUAGCAAGAAUAAUCUUUUAUCGCGUAUUUGCGGGAACUCGCAAAGCUGCAGUAAGAACGGCGCACAGCUUCAGCCCUGCAGGAGGAAUCUGUUCCCCCCAGUCCCUCCGCGGCUGCUCAGAUUCAUGCUCGUUCCUGCGGCGGAAGGAUCCGUGCGUCAGCGUCGUGCCCGUGUCCAUGCAGCGGCUCCUUUUCAUUCAUUGAUAGCCUUGUAGCUCAGCGCGCGCGCGCCUCUCUACUGACCCGCGGACCGGAGAACAGCUUCGAUCAUGAUUCCCGACAAUGUCCCGGAGGAGAACGUGUUCUACGGGUCCGGGGACCUGAAGAAGGAGUCUCACGUCCCCAGCUUCGACAAAUACAAGGAGCUCUACCUGAAGUCUAUCGACAACCCCGAUGAGUUCUGGGGCGCUGUUGCUAAAGACUUCUUCUGGAAGAGCAAACCCACAGGCCCGUUCCUGAGCUACAACUUCGACGUGACUAAAGGAGAAAUCUUCAUCAAGUGCAUGGAAGGAGCCUCCACAAACAUCUGCUACAACCUCCUCGACCGCAACGUCCACGAGAGGAAACUGGGGGAUAGAGUUGCGUUCUACUGGGAAGGCAACGAGCCGGGCGAUGAAUCAUCCGUGACCUACAGGGAGCUCCUGCAGAGGGUCUGCCGGUUCGCCAACGUCCUCCGAUCGCAGGGUGUGAAGAAGGGCGAUCGCGUGUCCAUAUACAUGCCUAUGGUGAUUGAGCUGGUGGUCGCCAUGUUGGCCUGUGUUCGCAUUGGCGCCGUCCACUCCAUCGUUUUUGCAGGGUUCUCUGCAGAAUCUCUGUGUGAAAGGAUCAUGGACAGCCAGUGUUUGCUGCUCAUUACUGCAGAUGGCUUCUAUCGAGGAGACAAGCUGAUCAACCUGAAGCACUUAGCUGAUGAAGCUCUGCAGAAAUGCCGGGACAAAGGCUUUCCUAUCAAGAGAUGCAUAGUCCUUAAGCAUUUGUCCAAAGAGCCAGAGGAGUCUGUGGACUCUCACUCUCCUCCUGCCAAGCGAUCCUGUCCAGAUCUUCAGCAGGAUAAACAGAAAGGGAGGGUAAAGAAAGUGCGCCCUGUUCCUCAGGUCCCGUGGAACCCAGAGGUGGACUUGUGCUGGCACGCUCUCAUCAGUGAGGCCUCAGACGAGUGUGAACCCGAGUGGUGCAACUCUGAAGACCCUCUCUUCAUUCUGUACACCAGCGGCUCUACAGGGAAGCCCAAGGGCGUUGUGCAUACCGUCAGUGGCUACAUGCUCUACACCGCCACCACCUUCAAGCUGGUGUUUGACCACCAGCCCGACGACGUGUACUGGUGCACCGCCGACAUCGGCUGGAUCACUGGACACUCCUACAUCACUUACGGCCCUCUUGCUAAUGGAGCCACCAGUGUCCUGUUUGAGGGUCUGCCCACUUACCCGGACGUGAGCCGAAUGUGGGAGAUCGUAGACAAGUAUCAUGUGACCAAGUUCUACACGGCUCCCACGGCCAUCAGGCUGCUGAUGAAGUCUGGCAGUGAACCAGUGCAGAAGUUCAAGCGAGAGUCUCUGAAGGUUCUGGGGACAGUGGGGGAGCCCAUCAACCCCGAGGCGUGGCACUGGUAUUACAACGUCGUGGGAGAGAAGCGAUGUCCCAUCGUGGACACCUUCUGGCAGACGGAAACUGGAGGACACGUGUUGACCCCUCUACCAGCAGCCACUCCGAUGAAACCUGGAUCUGCUACGUUCCCGUUCUUCGGAGUGGUGCCGGCCAUCCUAAAUGAGUCUGGAGAGGAGCUGGAAGGUCCCAGUGAGGGUUACCUGGUGUUUAAGCAGCCGUGGCCCGGAGUCAUGAGGACGGUCUACGGAAACCACCAGAGGUUCGAAAGCAUCUACUUCAAGAAGUUUCCUGGAUACUACGUGACAGGAGAUGGUUGCCGUAGAGACAAAGAUGGCUACUACUGGAUAACGGGGAGGAUGGAUGACAUGCUGAAUGUCUCAGGUCACCUGUUGAGCACAGCAGAGGUGGAGUCUGCUCUGGUGGAGCACAGGGCUGUAGCAGAAGCGGCUGUGGUUGGUCGACCCCACCCCAUCAAAGGAGAGAGCCUGUACUGCUUCGUAACGCUAAAGGAUGGAGUCGGCUACAGCCAGACGCUGGAGGCAGAACUCAAGAAACAAGUGAGAGAAAAGAUUGGAGCCAUCGCUACACCAGACUACAUCCAGAAUGCACCGGGACUGCCCAAGACCAGAUCUGGGAAAAUCAUGCGGCGGGUUCUUCGCAAAAUCGCCUGCAACGAGAAAGACCUGGGCGACACCAGCACGCUGGCGGACUCCUCCGUGGUGGACGAGCUGUUCCAGAACAGAUGCUGCGCCUCCGUGUGAGCGCGCUCAGGGACUGCAGGGCCGUCGGAUGACGGGGAGACGUUUGUAGAAGCUGAAAGCCUCCACGGCGGCCUGUACUGACCCCGCCCCCUCUGUUCUUUCAUGCAAACAGCUGGUCAGCAGCCUGCCUAGGAAACAUUUACAGCUUUGGUACAGUAGCAAUACGGGAUUUUAACAGCCACAUUUCGGAGGCAGAGUUAUUAAAGUGGAUGGUGUUGGAGGCGGAGCUGAGAGCAGCUGCACGCCCACUCAGCUAAACCUCGCUGGAUUUGUUGCUCUUUUUUUUAUUAUUUUUAUUUAAAGAAUGUUUUUAUUUUCAAAAGAUUUGCUUUUAUGUCAUCCUGUUUUUUAGCAUCUCUAACCAAAGCUUUGGCUGUCGGGGCGACUUCAUGGAGAAAAGCUGUGACUGCUGCGGGGCUGGUGGGGGUGUGGGGGUUUGAGCAGCUUUCUUUAUGAGAUCAGAAUUCAAGUAUCUGUCAAAGUGAGGUACUGCAGCUCAUAACUCCUGUAACUGUGUUGACUUUUGUCGGGGAAAAUGUGGAAUCAUGUUUUUGAUUGUGAUGGGGGGAGGAGCCAACUCUAAUCAUGUGCCUAGUGUCUUUAGUCCCGUCUGUUUCCUUUGAUCUGCAUGGAAAACUGUUGAGAAAAGCGUCGACUAAACUGUAAUGCUGUCAUGUGUGA